GGUUACUAAGGACAACAAAAGCACUGCAAACCCUUCGUUCACAAUUACUUGCUGAUUUCUCGAAGUGUACUCAAACGUCAAAGUUUUCUCCAAACGAUACAACUGAAAGAUAUCUUCAUGGUGUUUGGGAAAAGCAAAACGGGAUUCAAUUUUGUUCACCAGGACCAGAUCUGGAAAGACCACAUCGGCCACGAGCACAGUGCAUCAAAACGUUGGCCCGAGAACUGGGGUUUUCUGAUCGGACAGUACAAGAUUUUGGCAAAUGAAGAUGAAAGUGUUGCAAAUGGAGCGGCCGCAGUCAGAGUAAAGCAACGACGUGAGGCUCUAAAGCUACCACCCAUUGACGCUAGUGUAGCGUCACAACUGUCAGUCGGCAAGUCAAAUGCAAAAUUUCCCACUAAGACAUCUGAAGAGGUUGGUUGGAGAUCAAGUCAACCAUCUUGCAACUUGGAAAGAUAUGGACGAUACACAAAAUUCAAGUCAUCGUUCCUUGGACAAAUGAAAUGGCCCCCAGAAGCAGUAGAUUAGUAAUUAUUAAUUGCUAUUUUCACCUACACGCAUGAUAAUGUUAGUGUUAAGUUUUCAAAUGGGUUGUUGAUUAAGCAUCUCAUGCAUUGUACAUGGCUUAUUGUGCAAUAGAGGCUAUUUAAUGGUUGUAGGCAACGGCCUGGUUUUUCUCAGGUUUCUCUCAGGUUUUUCU